CACGCGAACAGCUCGAUCUCUCUCCUGCCUUUGUGAUCGCGGCCGGCGUCUCCUCACAGCUCCACAGUGUGCGAUUUGCCAUGGCGGAUGCCGUGAAAGGAAGUGACGCCAAGCUAGGCAAGGGGCAGCCGGCGGGCUCCGAACCGAAGAAGAGUGCCAUGAAGAUUCCCAGGGUGGACGGGUCGGCGAGUGGCAAGAAAUCAAAGAAGAAGCAGAAAAAAAAGAAGGUCAUCGACGACGCAGCAACGCAUGACGGCGUCGGAAAGAUUGCUUCGCUAGCUGCCUCCAGCAAAGACUUGAGCACGAGCUCGCUGAAGAAGCCGAAGGCUUCUAAGAAGUCCUCCAGCAAAGAAGGCAGGUCCGAUAGCAAGGCCAGCGUUUCCAAGAAGGUCCUCCACCCCAAAGCCGGCGCGGAAAAGUUGGACGGGAGCGAAGCAAAGGACGCCAUCAAGGGCAAGAAAGCCAAGAAGAAGAAGAAGAAAAAAAAAGAACCCGUCGCGUCCCAGCUGCCCAGCAGUCCCGUGGAUCUUCUCCCGCGCUCAUAUUCCGAAGCGACCCAGCAGCCGCUGCUGCUGGGUCGCUCGGCACCCAGUUCGGGUAUUCUCUCGCAUCUGGAAGCUUUUCUUGGUUACGGCGAGCGGGCGGGCACAUCGCAGUAUGCCGCCGCGGGGGCAGCACCUCAGGUCACUUCUCAAUUGCAUCCCCUGCCGUUCCUGGACACUCAGGGUUCACAAGUGCCCCCACCACCUUCCCAACUGAUAGCUGGUCAACCUGUGAACGCUGGUGAACAGCCUGCACCCGUUAUCUCUGAUCAACAAACGCACCUGAUUACUUUUCAGCCGAACCUUGGCCAGCCAAUUCUCGGUCAGCCGACACCUGAUGACAAAAUUGCUGAUCAGCAGAUGACCGUCGAUCAGACAAUGCGAGGACAGCCUACGCUUGCUCAAUAUAUGCCUGCUCAAACGAUACAAAGUCAUAUGGCGCCUAGCUAUUCACUGUCUAGUCAGCCAAUGUCAGGACAGUUCACGCUUGUUCAACCUACCCCUGCUGAAUUGAUGCAAGGGAACUUAGCGUCUAGCCAAACAUUGCCUAGUCAGCUAAUGUCAACGCAACCUAUGCCACAAGAGCCGAGGCCUACUCAGUCUAUGGCGUCACAAUAUACGCCGGAACAAACUACAUCGUUUGCAGACCAGCCCGUGCCAACACAAGCACUUCCAGGCCAGCCUAUGUCAUUGCAGCCGUUUCCUGCUAAGGAGAUCUCAGGCCCAGGUCAGAAAGUAACUAGCAAACAAAUGACUAUUCCACAUGAGGUACAGUCACAGAUGACGUUAGACCAGGAGACAAUCUAUGCCGAGCCACAACGAAUUUUGCAAAGAGAAAUGGCUCAGACUAUCCCCUUAUCCGCUUCGCAAGCAUCAAUGCUGACUCCUAGCAGAAGAGCUAGCGUUAUUUUCACACGUUCCACCGGUACGUCAGGCGGGCCCUUUGGACCAACAUCAUACUUGCAAGACAGCCAGGAAGAUGAGUCCUUCUACCAGAGCGUCGCAUUGGCUGACCCGCGGGCCCAGCAAGGGAAAAGGCUCUCUCUAGCGCUUCCUAGGCGGUUGGCGUCUGAAAGAACGUCCGUCGCGCAGAUGUGGCAGAGCGAAUCGCCCCCAAGUCCGCCAUCAACGUUUUCCAUGUUAGGCCAGAGGGAGAUGUCUCGAGCAGCUUCCGGAAGGCCGUCCAGGAGCUGGCCCCAGCACGCGGUGGAACUCCCGCCUCGGAGAGCCUCUCGGUCAUUGUCAACUAGGAGGUCAUCGCGAACACGGUACUAUGCUCUUGCCGACCAUGAGACGCUUUCGGGAGCAAUUUACAAAAGCCUGCCACCCCCACAAGAGGCCCACGGCGUCGCGGAGCCGGUCGAGACUUGUUACACGCGACGUAUUUCACAGAGGGGUAUUUCGGAAAGCAGGUCGCCCGCUGCGAUAGGCGAGGAUGCACAUUGGCAACCUGAGGAAGAAGAUUACGAACAUACUUCUCAGAGCCGACGCUCUUCUUCUUGGAGGGAGAAAUCCCCUCGGCGUGCUCAGAGCGCUUCGAGGCUUUACCAGCCGUGGGAAACCCGCUGCGCCGCGGACACAACGCAGCACAUCAAGUACACGGCCGCAGUCGCCGAGGACCUUCGGAUAGCUUCGCUGGCACUCCGGAGGCUGCAGUACGACACCGAGACGGAACGGCGCCGACGAGACUUCCUAGCCACUGAGCUAAUGAAGAGGGCAGCUCUCGCCAGCAGCGAGGUUCGCAGAGCGGCCCUGGCGGCCAUGUACCCCGGGCCGCGCUCUGCGGUGCCGUAUCCGGUACCGGAGGACAGCGCCUUUCCUCCCAAGACGAUGUCGCUGGCAGAACGGAAGCGCAGACUAUGGUCGGAUGUCAGCAGGAAAGCAGCUGAGAAGCCGGCGCGCCCUGCGGCAGGACCCGCUGGCGAACAAAAGCGCGACAAGACUUCUCAUCGCGCGCAUCGUGCUCAGGGCGCACUGCUGUCGGAACCAGCCCGGGAACGCCGUGACUCCGAGUCUACGCACUUCUCGUUCAAUGCGACCAGCUCGGGAGCCGCGGCAAUGCCGGCGGCGCGCAAGGUCACGUCAAAGAGCGCCUUAGUGAGGAAGCCCUCGCGGGCUUCCCUGGCGGCCGUGUCGGAGUCUUCCUCGUCAGAGGGCAGCGGAUGCGACCUGUGUGGAGGCCUGUGGCGGGGCCUGGUGCGCGAAGCCCCAUCCGAGGAGAGCUCGUUACCACAGAUUGACGAAGUGCUGGAGCUGGGCGGUCGCGUCAGCGGUCCGGUGACGUGGCCACUGAGCUGUCCGGGCAGCCGGAAGCGCAGCUCCGUGGCCACGGUGACCGUGCUGAGUGCCGUGCGCAGGGGAAGCCGCAGGGGAAGCCGCAGGCGGCCGUCCGAGAAGCCGAAGCACGAGGCCCCCGACAAGACUGGCGACAUCGAACAGACCAUGCCGUCGCCGCUAGAGGGCUUCCCGGCAAUCUCCGGAGACUUGGUGGCGUCGAUCGCCGGCAAAGGAGACGUCCAUGCCGACGAGUGGAACGAUACAAUGGGCGAGAACACGUGGAGCCAAAAGAAGGGUGACGUCACGCCUCCGGAUCUGGAUGCCGGAGUUCCAGAGCCGGGACAGAACGGCACGACGGAGGCGGAAGGGCCCCCGGUCCGGGAGGACGACGUCGAAACCGGCAUGUCGAAGUUCGCCGAGAGCUCGGUGCACAUGUUCCCCGAGUCGGGCGUGGCCGCCUUCUUCCUGGUCGCCUGCCUGGUCUGGCUGGCCGUGAUGGUGUUCGCCGGGAGCGCGCACCACGGCUCCGUGACGGACGAAGCCAGAACGGGACGCAGCAGGCCGGAUGACGAACACAGCUCGCUGCCAUGGCCUCCGAAUGAACGGCCCACAAGGUAUAGGACUGCACGGCCGCAGACGCGCUCGGGUGCGAGCGUCAAGUGGCUGGUGUGCGACUCGGCGCCGUGCCUGAGCGAGGCCAACCGACUCGCGGCUUUGCUGGAGGGCGAGCCGUGUCGCAACUUCUACGACUACGCCUGCCAGCGGGUGGACGACGCGCCGCCGCUGCCCAUUCACGGCACCGCGUCGUCGGCGGACACGCGACUCGCCGACGCGCUCGAAGACACGCUACUCGCCUACGUGCGCAACGCGGCGCACGGCGACGUGGCACCGGCGCGCGAACUGCUGGCCGCCUGCGGCACCGGCUCGGCGCAGGACCUGAGCGAAUUCGUGGCCGCCUACGUGAGGCCGUCGUGGCCAACCAGCUAUGUGUCGAGCGACCUCGCCGUGUGGGAGGCCGCCGGACGGCUGCUUCGCGAGCUGGACGUGGCGGCGCUGGUGUCAGCGGCGCCCGUGGCCAGGCGCACGGCCACAGUCGCCCUGGGUCCCGCGGAGCUGCUGCUCAAGCCAGGGGACGACGCCUCGCACCGGCAGCUACUCUCGGACGCGGUGCGCGCCGCGGUCGCAUUCGUGGCGCCCUCGGCGGACGUACGCACGGUCGCCGACGAUGUCUUGAAAGUGCUGUCCGAUCUAUCCAAGAUUCAGGACGCAGCCCUGUCGGCGCGUGGACCUGUGCAAGACACGCUGCCGCUGUACAACCUGAGCGCCGGCCUAGCUACGCUGGUGCGUACCGCAAGCUCAUCUCCGAGCUUCACGCCUUCGUCGGUGUUGGUGUUGCCCGGAGUCGACCUGGAGUCCCUCUCGGCGCUCGUGUCUGGUGGUGCGAGACGGGUGCUCCACUACGUAGGCUUCCGAGCGGCGCUGUGGGCGGCACCGUUCGUGUCGACCCCGCCCCACAAACUCAUCAUGGCGCACAUGCUAACGCGUCAGCCGCCGAUCGCCGACAAGCGACGUGCGUGCAGCCGAGCCGUGGGCCACGCAGUGCCGCUGGUGUACCUGCGGGCGGUGCGCGGCGCCCUGGGUCCGCUGACUCUGGCGCGCAUGUGGACCGACCAGCUGGAGGACCGCUUCCUGCGCAGCCUGCCGCGGCUCCUCCCGCAGCCGGGCCCCGACGCGCACCUGGUGGCGCACAGUGUGCGAGACACUCCGCUGGCGCGCUUCUAUCCGGCGCUACUCGCGGACUCCAAGCGCUGGAGCGCCCACUUGCUCGCGCUGGCCGCCGCCAUGGCCAACGCCACGGGCCGCAGGAACAACGCGAUGCUCAAGGUCCGCAUGGCCGCCGCUGCCGCCGACCGCUCGGGCGGCUGGGCCCUGGACAUGCGGCCUGCGUGGAUACCCGGAGGGGCCCUGCGGCUGCCACCCGGGCUGUUCGGCUCCAUCUUGCCGCUCAACAGCUCGCUGCGCACUCUGCAAAUGGCACGGGUGGCAGUGCGCUUGUACACCGCCUUGGCCGCGCGACUCAGGGACAUUCCGGGCGUGUUCGAUUCCCCCGUGCGCGAGUCUCGGGUGGCGAAUCUCCGGAGCGUGGCCGACUGCCUCCGCAACGACUUGGAUGCCAUGCCGCCGGCGCUCAAGAGCGGCUUUCCGCCUGCCAAGGGCCAGCCCUGGGCCCUCUUUGACCAGGCGGUGGGCUUAGCCCUGGCGCACGAUAACCUCGCGGAGAUGCUAGACACCCGACGCAUUUGGGACAAGGACCUACGGCUGAAGGGGUUCGAGAACCUCUCCUCGGACCAGCUGUUCUUCGUGUACUACGCACUGGACAAUUGCCAGCGGUCGGACGCGCAGGCGCAGCGCCGGCUGCCGUGGGCGCUCGGCGCGCAGGAGCGCGUCAACGCGCCGCUCCGCCACUGGGCCCCGUUCGCUAAGCACUUCGGCUGCGUCGACGGAGAACCCAUGGUGGCGCCGAAGCGGUGCACGCUGCUCGGCGCACGCGGCUAGUGCGUGCCAUGAACAGCGCGUGGUCUCGUACUAUAUACAACGAAUGCGCUAUAGUGCCGUUGACUAAUACGAAAGGAACUGACCAUGAUUUAUUAAAUUCGCACAUAUCCUAGCGACA